CCAAAUCACUUAUUCUGUUGUUUUGUACAAUGUUCGCUUAACCAAAGUUCAAUGAAGCAAUUGAUGAAUUUUGUUAUAAAUUUGUGUAAUUUUAUUGGAUGGAUCAUUAGUAAUACUGAACAUUCGAAUAAUUCCAUUUCAAGUGGGAAUUAGUGAUUGUGGAAGGAGAAUUUCCAAAGUUGAAUUGUUGACAUACCUUCGUUGCAAUUAGUUAAAACAUGAUGAUUGAUGAAAGUUCUCCUUGCAUCUUUGAACACUUUUCUGGAUUUAAAGAACCAGUUGUUCUCAUUGGUUUCAUAUUAAUGCUUAUAGAUUUACUUAUUGGAUCAAUAAUCAUAUUGAUUAAGAAACUACAUUCCACAUCCAUAAUAAACAUUUGCUUUAUGGCUUUAACGUAUGUUGUACUAGGUGCAUCCGGGAUUUGUUGGUGCUGUGCAAUGCUAAUUGUGAUUGCAUACACAGCAUAUUAUUUGGGAAGACGCAGAGAAGAAGCACGGUCACAGUUUACAUACAUUAUUUUCUUGGGGUUUUAUGAACUAAUGGCACUACUUAUCUGUGUACAAUUUUGUUCAAAUUUAUUCUUCAGUUAUCAUUUGAAUAUUUGGUAAACUGAAUGAGACAAUGAUUGAACAUGAUGAAUUGAUGCUAUUCCACUGAAUGUUUUUAUAUGUUUGAAGAUUACUGUAAACUACUUUGUUAUUUGUAAUAGAUGUUCUGUUAAUAGA